AUGCUUUACAGUUGUUGUAUCUUUAAUCGUAUGGGAGAUUGCAUUUUCUAUCGGGAAUGGAACACCUCCGAUAAAUAUAAAAAGAACAGUGAAUCCAAACAUCAGUCACAAAUGAAACUGAUGUAUGGUUUUUUGUUUUCAAUGAAGAGAUUUGUGGAAGGUAUUUCACCAAAACCAGAAAGCCAAUUUCAAAGUUUUAAAACGAACAAUUACAAAUUACACUUUUUUGAAUCACCAACCGGACUCAAAUUCAUACUCAUGACUGAUCCCAAUGUCGGAAACAUUCAGAACAAUUUACAAGAAAUUUAUUCAAAAUUAUAUGUGGAAUUGGUGGUGUUCAAUCCCGUGGAAAAGACACAAGAGUCCAUUACGAAUACUCUUUUUGUAAAACAUUUGGACAAGUAUCUGAGCCAAUUGCCUUGGUUUAAUUAA